GCUAAAUCAGGAAUCAUAAAUUUUUAACAAGCACGGAGUCACUCUGCUCACUCACUCCCACCGCCACCGCUGCGGCCACCGCUACGGCCACCGCCAGCCACCCCUGCAUCAAUGUCGUCGAGGUUGGGAAGUCCGCCGCUGCUCAACGACGAGCUAUCCAAGCGCACCGCCGUCUUCGGCCUCCAUAUGUGGGUCGUCGUAGGUAUCUGCCUCGGCGCCGCCUUCGUGCUCCUGCUCUUCCUCCUCUCCCUCUGGUUCACGUCCAAGCGCGAACCGGGACCCACCGCGGCGCACGGCGCACCCUGCAUUCCCGCCGUCUCCAAGGAGAUCCAGGAAAUCCGCCCUUCUUCCCGCGCCGCCUCCGCCGCUCGCUCGCUCGGCGAGAUCCUCCAGAAGCCGCUUCCGGACUCCGAUCCCCCCUCUUCGGUCUCUAUCGAGCGCCAGGCGCUUCUUACCCCGGCUCUGGAGGAGGAAAGCCCCAUCAGGCACCAGAGGAUCCACAUCGAGAUGGGGAAAGGGCACAGGAUCAUCUAUCCGGAGCGUGGAAGGGGCGCCGCGGAUGGCCGGGUUGUAGGGCACGCCCCGAUCGCGGCGCCCGAGGUGUCGCAUCUGGGUUGGGGUCACUGGUUCACUCUCAGGGAGCUCGAAGUGGCCACCGGCAACUUCGCGGAUGAAAAUGUGAUCGGCGAAGGUGGUUACGGCAUUGUGUACCACGGAGUCCUGGAGGAUCGCACUCAGGUCGCAGUCAAGAACUUGCUGAAUAACAGGGGCCAAGCCGAGAGGGAGUUCACGGUCGAAGUGGAAGCUAUUGGCCGUGUGCGACACAAAAAUUUAGUGAGAUUGCUGGGAUACUGUAUGGAAGGUGCUCAUAGGAUUCUAGUAUAUGAAUACAUAGACAAUGGAACCUUGGAUCAGUGGCUUCAUGGGGAGGUAGGACUUUGCAGUCCUCUCACCUGGGAGAUACGUAUGGACAUCAUUCUUGGAACAGCAAAAGGGUUAAUGUACCUGCACGAAGGACUAGAACCAAAGGUUGUUCACAGAGACAUCAAGUCUAGUAACAUUCUGCUUGAUAAGAAUUGGAAUCCGAAGGUCUCAGACUUUGGGCUUGCAAAGCUCUUGGGAUCAGAGAGGAGCUAUGUUACGACUCGAGUGAUGGGAACAUUUGGUUAUGUGUCUCCUGAAUAUGCUAGCACUGGCAUGUUGAAUGAGAGGAGUGAUGUUUACAGUUUUGGGGUUCUUAUUAUGGAAAUAAUAUCUGGUCGAAACCCAGUCGACUAUAGUAGACCAACUGCAGAGGUUAACUUGAUUGAGUGGAUCAAGGUAAUGGUCGGCAACCGUAAUGCUGAAAGUAUUUUGGAUCCUAAAUUGGCUGAAAACCCUACUUCCAGGGCAUUAAAAAGAGCUCUCUUAGUGGCACUUCGGUGCAUUGAUCCUGAUUCACAAAAGAGGCCAAAGAUGGGACAUGUGAUUCAUAUGCUUGAGGCUGAUGGUUUUCCAUAUCGAGAUGAACGAAAAACUGGAAAAAACCACAGAGAUGCCCAUCUGGAGAAAUCAAAAUUACAGGAAACCAUUGAAUCUGGUGAUAGCAGUGGCUAUGAGAGUAAUAUCAAAUGCCAAAGUUAAAAAGCCUUGGAGGGGAAAAAGAAAGAGGCAGUAGCCAUCUGAUGAGUUCUUUCUUUUUCUUGUUUCACAAAGUUGUUAAUCGAACCAAAAGUAUCACGUAACCAAAACGUAGUUUCCGUAGUUUGAAGUUUUUCAUGAUGAUCUUGUAAAUCGACUUGUUCAAUUUGUUGUACAAGAUCUAGAUUCUUUA